UUUCCCCCGACGUUUUUACCUUUUCCUUUCCUGCAAAUGAUUGCUGCCGUAUGCGACGACGACGACGACGAGUCUCUCCGGCAACCACACUCUCUCCCACAGAUACGCCGUCAUUCCGAUGCUCCCGUGCCCGCUGCAAGUUCUGUGAAGCUUCACCGUCUCGCGUCUUUUCCUCUGCUUGUGAAACAGCCUGUCGCACCAUCACCAGCUCCCGCGCUGACUGCAGAACCGCAAUCGCCCGUCAUCUCGUCCACGCAGACCUCAUAUCAUACGCACCUGCCUUCAAUUGCUCCCAACAGACAUCCCUUACUCCGGAGAUCACACUCGAGAAGUGGUCCGCUUCCCGGUACUCUCAACAUUGGCUUAGGACUGAACCUAUCGCAUCCUGGUGCCCAGUCAUCUCUUCGAAGUGCGCCCACGUUAGGUACCGUCGGCUUUUGGACGUCAGGCCUUCCUUCCCAACCUUUGUUUGAACACGCCACGCUGUCUGCUGGUCAGGACACGUCGCCGGAGUCACCUAAGGUGGCUUCCCAAGGGCAAGCGGAUGGUACUCGCCACACAGAAAGUGGAAGACCUGCCGAGCAGCUGGUUCUACUAGUGCCAGAUGAGGCAUCCGACAAGGUCCACCGUCGGCGAAGCGGAUGGGACUGGCUCAAAGGUCAGCCACUAGCCCAGGUAGUGCCAAGUACGGACGACGCUGCAAGCGCAGCUGCAGAGCCCAACGUUGCAGUACCUCUGAUAGUGUCUGGCAAUAUUGAAUUUUCCCCUGAUGAUUCACAAUUGAGGCGACCGCCUCGGUCACCUGAACGAACAGAGGUUAUCGCCCCGCUCAACCAGACACCUGUUGUUUCUCCUAAAUCGCCUGUUGAGGAUUCUCAAAAAUGGAGUCCCUUGGCAGGAGAGUUCACUGAUGUAGCCUUGCCUGUUGCAAAUUCACUUUCUCGAACGCCAUCGACCACUCGGAAACGACGAAGUGGCUGGUGGGACGGCAAACAAGACAAAGAUGUUCAGAUCCGUUUAAUCAAGGAAUUAGUGAGAAGCACAGUUCUCAGAAGUGCUUCCGGUGAUGGUGACAGCGACCGCUUAGUAGACGAUGAUGCUGAGGAUGGCAAAGGCACAGAAGAUGAGACAAAACGAGACAGUGUCGGGUCUCAUACUGACGGAUCUGGUGUCGAAGCCGAUGCCAGUGAAGUGGAUACGGACGCUCAUCCUCAGCAACCGGAGUCGGGGCGCGCCAUGAGACUUUGGAAGCGUAACUCAUCUGUUGCCAUGAGGGCUGUCCUGACUAUGGAUGGCAUCGAAGAGGAAGGGAAGCUGGUACCAGACGAAAACAAGAGCGCCAGAAGAGCUUCUGUUGCCGGUGUCGCGCGAGAUGAGGAGGAGGCUGAUAAUCGCGCAGAAAGAUCCCGUCCGAAUUCGCCACCUGUAUCGUACCCCGCAGCGCCUCCACGACGCCCAGUCUACAGCAGGCGGAGAUCUGCUCUAAAGCUGUUUGGAUUGCAAUCGCUGGUCCAGGAUGAGAGUCUGGACGAUGCCACUCCUGUGACAGCAUCAUCAACUGGUGGUAGAUCACCUGCUGAGCAGCAAAACCAGUCGUCAACACCGGUGCACACCCUGAAGCAUAUGACAUCGUUAUCGUCCCUCAAAGAGGCGGUUGGUGUGGCAGUGGCCGCCGAACAGCUUGUUGGUAGUACCCUUACUGACGAGCGAAUGCCGUCACAAGGUACUCCCUUUUCGCCCCAUAUGAAUACCGCGGCUCUUCCGCCACACAGUAUCGCUGAGCUGAUGGAAAGCGAAAGACAGCUGAGAACGCAAUUGAUUCAAAUGCAAGCCCAAUUACAGCAGCUGGAAGCCGAUGCGUCCAAGUACAGAGAUGCGGCAAAAUGCAUCUCCGAUGCUGAACGAAGCGGCCCUUACACCGAUAUUCCUCCAUCGAUGGCCGUGAAAGCUUUCACACAUUAUUGUAAUGCACACGGACUCGAAGCAACCGCUCGUUCGCUCCGAACCGAGUCUGACAAUAUAGGAAGGAUUGCGCGGGAAGCAACCCUCAAUGAGUGGCUGCGCAAAAAGGAGUUCGGUCGGGCCAUUCGCGUCGUAGAAGAGGUGAUGAAGAGUGAGUUGGAAAGAGCACAUAACGACUCAAAACGUUCUACGCCCCAGAAUUAUGGCUCAGAGAACGAAAGUCUUAUUCCUGCUUUUGAAGACUUGAUAUACGUCUUGAGCAAGUACAUGUGCAUUCAUCUUGUUCAAACUGGGAACACGGAGCUGGCUGCGAAGACCGUUGAAACCAUACUCAAACCACGAGUGGAGAAGGAGAGGGCGGGGAGAAGCAAAAGUAGAGGGGAAUGGUUUGUCCGUGAUCUGGCACUGUUAGACGAUUUAGUCUUACGAGAACGUACGAGCGACUAUUCGACAAACACUACAGAUGCCAACCCGUAUUCGCGCUUAAACUGGGACAAGGAACUGGAGGCGUUCUGGACUGCAGCUCGGACGUGGCAUCGUCGUCAUUCUCGACGGAGACAGUCAGAGUCAGCAACAGAGUUAGAUGAAACUCACGAGGGUCCUCUCUUUGCCAGAGCUCUGGGUGAAUUUUUCCUUGCUGCAGAUUUAGAUUGGAAUAGAGACGAUGUGGAAAAGGUAUUAGAUAAUUCCACGCUGGAGACUUUUUAUAUAGGUUGGAGCAAAUGGGAGCAGGUGCGAACCUCUCUGGAGAGAAUUGGUAUCAUUGGCAACGGGAAGAGCAGGCGAGGACGGAAAGAUAGAGAGCGACUACAAAGAAGAAAGAGUCAAGUCAGCAGCCAGGACAGUCGAGGAAGUAACAGGUCCUCCACUGGAGACAAGAGCGCACGGUUGAGCCAAAAUCGCGAAAACGGACGGAGAAAGACACGAGCGAAACACCAGCCGGAAGUACCCUCGAGUCCAAUUAUUGAGCCACGUUCGAAGAGUGGCGCUGUAAUAGUAGAACGAAUACAAGGCUCUUCAAUGUCGCCAUUACCAACCAUCACGCACACGCUACCAUCUCCCCAUACUAAUGGCAACGUUUCAUCAAACUCCUUCGUUGCUCCUACCCGCACUGCAAGCCUGAACAUCAGUCCUGUGAGAUCCAGAGGUCAAAGCGCCUCUAUGGUACCGAAAAGCGAUUCCGCGGGGAAAACCCCUCGGCGUUUAUCCCUGGAACCGACCGUUAGAGAUAGGCGAGAGUCACUAUGCGCCCGCAGCGAUGACUAUGACCGCAUUAGUUCUCACACGACGUUCUCAUUCAACGGCGACGCGGACCUGCCGCCGCUACCACAAGACCCGCAGUCCGCUGACUUUGCUCUAGCCUCCACGUGUGGUCCUGUUCUAAGUCAGAUCCGUGCCAUCGAUGUUACCGACAUACCGUCGACCGGUCAAAUCAUCGCUGCAACAGCGGGCAACCACGACAGAACAGACAAGAAAAUAUCAAUAUGGGAUGUGCGAAGCGGGACUCUUCUCACCCAACUUGAUAAUGGAACCAGUAAACCUGUUACAUGUCUUGCUUUUCAUCCAGACGAUCCGUCACUUCUGGUCUCAGCAGACAUGGAAUUUGACGUCAAACUAUGGGACUGGAGGAGCGGAGCAUGCGUCAGAUUAUGGAGAAAAUUCCAUACCAGGAUAGUAUUUAAGGCGGCCAUAGUCCCUGGUGGGGAUAAUAGAGCUGCUACAUGUUCCGGCGAUCAAUCCAUAAAGCUUUUCUCCCUCGACACCACAUCACCCACAUCCGUUUCUUCUGUCCAUGCCAACGAACCAUUCACGUCUUUCGUAUUUGCUGGAAACCCUGAUGACACAUCUCAACAAAAAUUAGUAGCGAGUUUGAGCUAUUCCAUUCGGAUCUAUCGCUUGAGAACUGCAACGCUGUUGCAUACUAUACAAUUACGGGAUUUGAGAAUGAAUAAAACUCCGCUCACUGCGCUUACUGCACACCCAAUACAUGACACCUAUAUUUUACUGUCCUGCGACAACCAGUUACGGUUAUUCAACCUCUUGACGGAAACCACGGUUAAAGUGUACCAAGCCCGUGACAUACCGAACGGCGUGCGGGUUGAAGGACAAUUCAGUCCCUGUGGCGCGUGGGUAUAUUGCGGGACAUGCGAUAUCAGAGGACGCGGGCGAGGUAAAGAGGGCGUAGAAAGUGGCGGCGGCGGAAUUGUUAUUUGGAGAGUCCAUACGGGAAAGAUCGAGAAGGUGCCGUGUGGAAGUGAUGGCACGGCAGUCAGUGUGUGUAAAUGGAUAACGGCGAAGGACGCUUCGCGACCAGGUCAGGAAGCUGUGUCUCGAAAGGUGCUUGUAGCAGCGGGAUUAGAUCGGAUGGUUAGAAUGUUUAUGUAGGACUAGCAGAAGGUAGGUUGUGUACAGGAAGUACUGUGUGCGGCAGUUAUACCCUGCCGUUAAUUAUUUUUGAUGCGCGGAGUAAUGGGCUCAUAAUAGAACCCUAAUAUGAAAACAAACAGCUCAGCGCUGCUCUAGUUCCA